UAGACGAGACGUAGCCUAUCUCCAUGCGCCGGCACGGUGCAUAAUUUACAGCCUCCGCGACCGGCGAGCUUCAAUUUAUGCGGAGCGCCAACUAUUUGUGGCGUGGGAAGCGUAAGAAGUCAAGGUGCGUUACGCUAGGUAGGGCCCCUGGCCAAGGUGACGAAAGCGGAGGGGAACGAAACUGCUUGCGUGUACAGUGAAUUUUUUUGAAAAUGCGUGUACAAUGAAUUUGCUCCCACCAAAUCUCGCUGUAAAUAACAGUAAUUUGCAUAC